GGGUAACCAGGUGAUCACGCCGUCAAAUCAACAACCCCACGUCCUACUCAUCACACUAAGCACACGAUUUUCCAGUAAUUUCUCCCACCUUCCAUUAUACCCUUUUCAUCAUCAUACACAAAUCGUCUGCAGUUUAUUGAUCAUCUUCGCCGGAGGAAUACGAUGAUUUCCGGGGAUGAUUUGGAACGCCAUGGAAGACCCAAGAGCAGUAACAGAACAGAAAACUAUUCUUCAUCGUCAUAUGCGCAUACAGAAACCUAUUGGACUUCAUGGUUGAUCCCUGUGUUCGUGAUCGCUAAUAUUGCUGUUUUUGUUGUGCUCAUGUACAUCAACAAUUGCCCCAAACACAAUCAUUCGCGUAUCUAUGGCAAGUGCGUGGCGAGGUUUCUUGGUAGAUUCUCGUUUCAGCCCCUUAGGGAAAACCCUCUCUUUGGCGCUUCGUCGAACACACUAGAGAAGCUGGGAGCUCUUCAAUGGUGGAAAAUAGUUCAUGGGCAUCAAGGAUGGAGGCUUGUCACUGCUAACUGGUUGCAUGCUGGUUUGAUUCAUCUAGUUGCUAAUAUGCUCAGCCUUGUUCUUAUCGGCAUUCGUCUUGAACAGCAGUUUGGAUUUUUAUGCAUUGGAGUAAUCUAUCUGUUGUCUGGAUUUGGAGGAAGCAUUCUUUCUUCAUUAUUCAUUCAAAGAAACAUCUCAGUUGGUGCCUCUGGGGCUCUAUUUGGAUUACUAGGGACGAUGCUAUCGGAACUCAUCACGAACUGGACUAUCUACACCAACAAGGCAGCAGCGUUGUUAACACUUAUCGUCAUGGUGGUUGUGAACUUAGCUGUGGGAAUUCUGCCAUUUGUCGACAAUUUCGCACACAUUGGUGGAUUCUUGACGGGUUUUCUCCUAGGUUUCGUUUUACUUCCACGUCCUCAGUUUGGAUGGUUUGAACGACAUAAUCUUCCAGCAGAUGUUCGUGUGAAAUCCAAAUACAAAGCAUACCAGUAUGUGCUUGGCCUGCUUGCAUUAUGUCUCCUUGUUGCAGGAUUUACUGUGGGUUUGGUGAUGCUGUUUAGGGGAGAGCAGGGAUACAAGCAUUGCGAUUGGUGUCACUACUUGAACUGUGUCCCAACGUCGAAAUGGGAGUGCAAUAAUAGCUAGUAAUGGUCUCAUCUGUUCAUCUGUGUAGGCCGAUAUUUGCAUAGUUUUGGUUUAGAAAUUGGUUGGUUUUUGUGUGUGUUGUGUUUGUAUGUUGGUGUUAUCGAAGUAGAUAUUUAUUAUUCAUUGUUUACGAAUUAUGAUGCUGAUGAAGGAAGAUUAUUAUGGAAUACAAACAUGUAUAUGAUGAGGA